AGAAAAUAAGAGUGAAAAAAGAAACAUAAGGACACACCAUCCCACAAACGUUCAGUAGCAGUUCUCAUAUUUAAACAAUUUCUAUUUAUUGACUAAAUUCAGCGAUCCACGGAAUCAGAAGAUUUAGCGCGCACCUUUCCCCAACAAUCGUUCGUUUGGAAAGCUUUUAAAGUAGCUAUGGAAUGGAUGAUUUAAUAUCAACAAGACAUAGAAACCACUCAGGAGGCAGCUCAGGAGGAAAGGAAACUACAACCUCAACGAGUAGACUGACAUCUCUUCCACCGAAAGGCACUAGCGGAUCUAGUUCUCACAAGAGUAUGUCCAGCAAUGCUGGAGGCUUGGGGUUGGAGAAGAAUGUUUUGAUUCAAAACAGCAGUGAAAGUUAUUACACUUCCUCCUCUGUGGGUGUCAAUGCCAGUGGAUCCAGCCUCUCCUCUGGGGUCUACAAUGGAGGAGACUCCUAUGGAGGGCAAAGAGAAGGAGUUUGGAGUGGAGGAGGUGGAGGAGGUGGAGGAGGAGGAGGAGGGGGAGGAGGUGGUGGAGGAGGAGGAGGGGGAGGAGGUGGAGGAGGAGGAAGAAGUGGAGCAGGGGGAGGAAGUGGUGGUGGCGGUGGCGGAGGUGGUGGAGGUUACUCACUAGGAUUGUCAGCUGGAGGGAGCUCAGGGUCAAAGGUGAAGUCGAGCUCAUCAGCGGGCACCAGGAGAACCCACAGCUCUGCCUCCACAGGGGGUCUCUCCCCAGUCCUGCUGGACAGGAAGAACAUGAGCAGCCGCUCUGGGGGCUAUGAUGGAAGCUCAAGUGACAAUUCCUCCCCAGAGUUUAAACGCAAAGACUAUGGUUCGGGAGCCACCAGGGGACGGAGUCACACCAGAGAGAGUGAGAUCCGAGCCAGGCUGCAAAGUGCUUCUCCAUCCGCCUCCAGAUGGGCGGAGCUGGAGGAUGUGAAGAGACUGCUGAAGGGAGGGCGCUCCAACAGUGUCAGCCCCACACGCUCCUCCUCCACGUCCACCACCCUGCCUGUCCCCAGGAAGGCUGUUGUGGAGACCAAGAUACGCACUGGGGCCUCCCAGACAGUGGCAGGUCAAUAUGAGCCCACCACUCUGGACUCCACCCUACCAUCCUACUCCUGGUCCAGCUCCACCCUUCCCUCCUCCUCCAGCACCAUCGUCCCCAGCAGCGGCCACUACGGUUACCACAGCAACACCAACAACAUGUCCCCGGGCUCCUCCCCGCUCAAUGCCACUUCCUCGCCUUCGUCUUUGUCAGUGUACGGGUUUCAGAACAACCUGUCUCCCACAUCCAGUACUGUCCUUAGUACCAGUGGGGUCAACACACACGCAGGGAUGUCAGCAGGUGGAUAUGGAGUACAGAAGAAUGGAUCAAACAGUGUGGGUCUUGUGAGCACUGGAGUUUCCACCUCAACAAACUCUAGGUCAGUAGCUGAUGAUACAAACAGGAAAGAUUUCAAGUACCUGAUUCUGGAAAAAGAGAAUUAUCCAGGCAAGAGGGACACAGAAGUUCUCCUUAUGUCUAAAGACAGUGGGAAGAACUUCAGCAGCACUACAGCAGUUUCCCUCUCAGACAAUUCUAUGAAGAAAGGGAAAAUGUCAUCGAGCUACACUGAGACCACUCCACUGAAGUCUGAGUCUGGAGCUUAUUAUGGAUCCCCCAUGGUGUCAACGAAAGACAAAGCCACAUAUGCAGAGAUCCAUAAAGAGGGGGAGUACUAUGGAGGAGGAGGAGGAGGAGAAGGAGGAGGCUGUGGCUGUGACGAGUCCUGCUGCUCCUGGUGGAAGUGGCUGCUGGCUCUGCUGCUGCUCUCCCUGCUCCUCCUGGGGCUGCUGUUUGGCCUCAUCGCUCUGGCCGACGAAGUGAAGAAGCUGAAGUCUCGUGUGGCGGCCCUGGAGUCUGAGUCAUCCGCCAGCUCUGCCCGGACUAGUCGUCUGUCUGCCUCUGCCAACGACGUCAAUACACUGCAGUCUGGUUCUUACAUGGACAGCGGGGGCUACGCCCGUGCCGAUAACGGCCUGAACUUGGGCACAAACCUAGACACAGGCACGGGCACCUUCCUGGGCACUGGUACCAAUGGGCAAGUAGACAAUGAUGCCCUCCAGAGGACCAUCCAGCAAAUGAUGAGGGCUGAACUGCAGUCACAGUCAUUCAGAGCCCUUCUUACCUCGUCUGUGAGAGGAGAGAGGGGAGAGCCAGGACCCAAAGGUGAUAUAGGAAGUCCUGGAACUAAAGGUGACAAUGGUUUUCCAGGACUACCAGGGCCUCCAGGUUCCAUGGGUCACUUUGGACCAGAAGGACCCAAAGGACAGAAAGGAAGUGCAGGGGACCAUGGAGCAGAGGGACCCUCAGGACUCAGGGGUCGUGAGGGACCAACAGGGCCCAGAGGGGAGCCAGGUCCCUCAGGGUUUGGAGAAAAGGGGGACAAAGGUUCUUCUGGAGAACCGGGGCCUCCUGGUUCUGCUGGUCAAGUUGGUCUGGUCGGACCCAAAGGCUCACCUGGAGCUUCUGGGUCUCCUGGCACUCCUGGUCAACCAGGCCCUCAAGGCUUCCGUGGGGAAUCAGGACCAAGUGGACCUAAGGGGGAGAGAGGCACUGCUGGAUCUCAGGGCAUCAAAGGUGACCAUGGAGAGAAAGGACCUCGAGGUUCCCCAGGUGAUCCAGGGUUACCAGGACUGUCUGGGACAGCUGGAGAGAAAGGCCCUAAGGGUUCUGCAGGAGCCUCAGGAAUUGACGGUGAAAAAGGACAACGGGGUGAUCAGGGUCCUACUGGGUUACCUGGGAUUCGGGGUGCAGUUGGACCUCCUGGAGAUGCUGGCCUUCCAGGAACCCCUGGGAUUCAAGGACCGCCAGGAAUAGCAGGAAUCCCUGGACAGCCUGGACCUAAGGGAGAAACAGGCGAGCCAGGAAGAAUUGUCAGUGCAGUGGGUUCUAACUCUGUGGCCAUCCCUGGGCCCCCCGGCAGCCCUGGACCCCCCGGCACUGCUGGCCCUCCUGGCUUAUCAGGCCCCAUUGGCCCUGCUGGUCACCCUGGUCAGCCUGGUCUUAAAGGUGACAGAGGAGACAGAGGCGAACAGGGAGAGGCAGGAAUCUCAGUGAGAACCACAGAAACAGUGAGCUCAUCCAGAGCUGACAGACAGUUUGGUUCUGCACCAAUCCCAGGGCCACCAGGCCCUCCUGGACCCCCUGGAUCCCCUGGAGAUAGCAGGUCAGGACCUCCCGGUCCUCGUGGUCCUCCAGGUGAAGCAGGAUACGGUAGACCUGGUCCAAGAGGAGAGAAAGGGGAGCCAGGAAGCUUUGUGCCCAAUUCAGGAACCUUCUUUGCUGGACCUCCAGGACCUCCUGGUCCAGCAGGGCGCACAGGGUCACAGGGUCUACCUGGGCCAAGAGGAUUCCAAGGUGAUGCUGGCCAGCCAGGUCUGCCAGGAAGACCAGGAGGCUCUGACAGAGGAGAAUCGUACAGCACAGUUCAGGGACCACCUGGACCCCCCGGUCCUGCAGGACGGCCAGGACCAGAGGGACGGAAAGGGGAUUCUGGAGUACCCGGUUCUCCUGGUAUUCCUGGCUCGUCUCGAGGCGCAGCCUCAGCCACCCCAGGACCUCCUGGUCUUCCGGGUCCUCCUGGCAUCCCAGGCAUCCCAGGGACCUCAUCCUCUGUUGAUAUGCGGCAAUACAUUACCGACUAUCUAAGUAGGACUCAAGGUUCUGCUGUCUCUGGCCCCCCCGGCCCCCCUGGUCCUGCUGGAGUGCCAGGAUCUUCUGCCUCAAUUGAAGAUAUCUCUCAACAUGUCAUCGCCUUCCUGCACCGUUCAGGAUACAUUGGCGUUAGCGGUGCCCAGAGCUCCUCUGGAUCCUCUGGCUCCUCUGGCUCUUCUAGAUCAUCUGGAUCUUCUGGCUCUCAGCUCUCAUCCUCAGAACUCAUUUCAUUACUACAGAGGGAAGAUGUGAGGCGGUAUAUACAAGGUUUAAAUGGGGCACAUGGAACAAGGACAGGCGUCGCAGAUAAGUACAACCCACAAGAAAUCGCAGAAUACGUCUACAGAAUUGUGACCGAGCGUGGUAUUGGUGGCAGUCAGCCUGGACCUCCGGGUCCUCCUGGAUCUUCAGGUCCUCCUGGGACCCCAGGGUUGCCUGGUACCUUUACUGGUGACUACUCCUCACUGUUGAGAAGUUCAGAGUUCCGUGCCAUGGUGAGUCGUUCAGCGGGACCCCCUGGACAACCUGGUUCCCCAGGCCUCCCUGGUCCCCCUGGCCCACCUGGCAGCACAGGAAGGUCAGUCAGCGUGGGCUCAACUGGCUACAGAGUGGAGGACAUCCAACGUUAUCUACAGAGCUCCGGGUUCAGUGGUCCUCCUGGUCCUCCUGGUCCUCCUGGACCCCAGGGACCCCCAGCAAACUCCAGGGAACUUGUGCCUGAUGUCAGCAACAGGAACUACCCACGAGAGCAGAUUCGGGCUGAACUCCAGGAGUACUUGUCCAGUGAUCACAUACGGCGUUCCAUGGUGGGCUCCCCAGGGCCUCCUGGCCCUCCUGGCCCCCGCGGCCUCAAAGGGGACAGUUACUCCCAGGGAGACCCUCGAUACCACCAGGACUCUGAGCGCUCCCAGGCUGACGUGAGGAGACUCAGUGAGACCCUGGACUACUCAAACGUGGCCCUGAGAGUCACAGACUACAUCCGGAACCAAGGCUUACUGCAGGACUACCUGGUUGAGGGCCCCCGACGAGGAGGCAUUAUGGAGGUCCAAGGUCCACCAGGCCCUCCCGGCCCCCCUGGGGCCCCUGGGUACAGCCGUGUCAUCGGCUCCUAUGGGAAUGUGACAGCUGACCUCAUGGACUUCUUUAGAACGCAUGGCACCAUUGUUGGCCCCCCAGGCAGGCCUGGAUCAAAGGGAGACAGAGGAUACCAAGGUCCCAAAGGAGAGAAAGGUGACAUCGGCCACCCAGGACUACCAGGACUGCAAGGGUUCCCUGGUUAUGACACCUCCAGACUAGAGACUGUCCAGACAGAUGGCGUACGAGUUGGUCGUUAUCGUCAACGUCGGAAUGUUGGAACCUAAUGUGUAUUUUUCUAGCUUCAAGGACAAAUUCAUUAGAUUCAGUCCUGUUUGUAGAUGGAAAUAGAGCAGUGUGUAUAUUAGAUGCUGAAUGUAGAGAAUACUUCUUGCCUCACAAAUUAUACAACUUUGGAUUUGACUGAAUGCUGUUGAGUGGAAGGUUUGGGAAAUGUAUUGAUGGGACUAGAUUGCAAUGUGACAGCUGUCUCAGUGAAGUGAUUCUUUUGGUUGCAGGUCAGUGAGGUUGUAUUUCUGUUUACAUACAGUACAGGUGUAUGCGGUUGUAUUCUGUUUACCUAUCUUUCUAUGUCUCUUUAUUUCUUAAGGGUAUACACAUGGGAGAUUAUACAUUUGUAGGAUAUUAAUGGUGAUUAAUGUUUCAUAAAAAUAUAUUUUAAUUGCACUUAUCAGUCUGCCAAUAUAGACAGAACAUUUGACAAUAAACGUUUUACUUGAGCACCCUUGUAGGAACGUCAUAUGGUACAACAGCUGUUGGUCACAGCAUGAAAUGUCAUGGAUAAAAGAAUCUGCUAAAUGAAUACAUUAUUUUUUUUCUACCACAAGCUAUUAUCCACUAUGACAAAUGUUGUAUUCUUAGUCAAAUGUCACAUGGUCCAACCUUAUUGACCCAAAACUGAUUGGAAUGUAUAUUUUUAUGACAGCACUGAAAUUUACUUCACUUGAUGUUGAAAUGUUAUUCCGAUUUUCUUUUAACAAUCUAUUAAUGCUAAAUAAACGUGAUUACCAUUAAAGUCAAAGUAAUUUAGAAACUGACA